AUGACCCAAGGAAAGGUUGCCAUCAUUGGAGCAGGCCUAUCUGGUCUGACAUUGGCACUUGCCCUCCACAAACAGUCUAUUCCAUGCUCUAUUUACGAAUCCCGCACCGCCUCGCUCGACAUCGGAGGCGCGGUCAUGCUCUCGCCGAACGCGCUACGAAUUCUGGAUUCCUUGGAGAUCUAUGAGAAGAUCAAGCUCGAUGGAUACCACUUCAAAGACCUCCACUUCCGCACAGCUGCACCACUUGAUUCGUACGAGUUCGGAAAUCGGGAAAAAUAUGGAUAUGACGGGCUGCGCAUCUUCCGACACAAAUUAAUCGAUGCGCUUCUGACUGCGACUAAAGAGCGAGGAAUUCAAAUCCAGUACGGCAAGAAAUUCAUACAGGUCCUCUCCGAAACCGAGACCGAAGUCUCCUGGGAAUUUGAAGAUGGCACCACAGGACAAGCAGCAUGUCUAAUCGGAGCAGACGGCAUUCACUCGCGAGUUCGCAAAUACCUGUACCCCGAGCUGGAGCCCAUCUUCACGAACGCCGUUGGCGUCAGCGCCGCCGUGCCGACAGCUCAACUGAAUCUUCCAGCCUCAUUCGAGAUUCCGGUGACAAUCAUGAACCCCCAGCAUGGCGCCUUCGUCAUUGCACCACAGCUAGCCGAUGGGUCUGAAGCUUUCAUUGGCAAACAGAAGCGUGCGCCAGAGCUUGAUCGUGCUGGCUGGGCCGCCCUGCUUGAAGACAAGCAGUGGUGUGUUGACUUCCUCCGCCAAGGAGCUGAGGAUUUCCCCGAGGUUGUGCAGAACGCGGUGUCCAACAUCCCAUUGAACAAAGUCAAUCUGUGGCCGUUUUAUAUUGUGCCUAAGUUGAAGGACUGGACCUCAAAACACUCGCGUGUUGUCAUUCUGGGCGAUGCCGCGCAUGCGAUUCCGCCCACUGCUGGCCAAGGUAUCAAUCAAGCGUUUGAAGAUAUUUACACGUUUUCUGUUAUUCUCCACCGGUGCAAACCUCAGGAGCUUGAGCGCGGAUUGAAGAUUUGGCAGCAAGGUCGGCAGGAACGGGUUGACCGAAUUCUGGAGCUGAAUGCUCAGAUUGAUGCUAGGCGAAUGCCUAGAGCUCCUGGCUCGACAAAAUUGGAGAUUGAAACCAAGCCAUUUGAUCUCAGUUGGUUAUACAGUCCUGACUUUGACGAGAUGGCGGAGAACUGGCUCAAACAAGCUGUUGACGUUUAA